CUUAAGAGAGCCCAAUUUAUUUUUUAAAAAAAAAAAAUCUCAUUUAGACCAGCAUUUUCCUUUAUGGUAACAUGCUGCCUGUUUACUUAUAUUUAAUAUAAUGUGUGAUAAAAAAGCAAUUCCGCAUUCACUAUUUCAGACAAUUUUACUGUUUCCAGCUGGCCAGCUGGGUAAUGAUCCAACCCUAUGGUUUCCCCAGUGGUCCAGCAUCCUCAGGUUCCUGAUUUGGUAUCCUCAGAUUGGAGUACAGGUCUAAGUUACAUUAUUUACCUCUGUUAAUAUUCCCCCAGUUUCAGAAAUGCUUUUAUGUGUUAAAAAAGGUGUUCAUUUAUGUGGAAUUUCCUCAUGCAUUCUAAGAUGGUCCCCUGGUAAGGACUUAAGGAGCUACCUUUAUGGGGAUCUAAAUUCUGGUGCUGCCACACAGUUGAUGGUCCCAAACGCUGGUUAAUUUUGAUCGAAAUUCAAAGCCGGGUAAGUAGCCAAGCUAUUGCUGUUCAAUGCUUUUGAUAGACAACCGGAUCAGCUUUGAAAAGGAGAGGUUGUUGAAUUGUUCAUGUUCCUCUACUUGGACCAAGAAUGGCUUAGAUAACAGUGAAGGUGGGUGCAAAUCAUGUAUAAAAACAGGAAAAAUUUUGCUUGGUUUUGAUCUUGUAGUCACAAAGACUAUACUUCGUAGAAGUUAUUUAUCUGCUAAAAACAAGGGGUUAAUACAUAAAACUGGGUAUCGAGCCCUUAGAACAAAUGAGUUUAUAAUUAGUAGGAGAACCCACACCAUCAAAGUGAUGAUGAAGAGUUUUGCUGGCAUUAGUCUCUUUCUUCUCGGUUUUUGUUCGCAACCCGUGUGGUUGUCAGGAUGAUUCUUUUUGGCACAUGCAGGUGCAAGAAUUUCAUAGAAUGACUUUUUUCGUUGUCAUUUAAUUAAUGGGAGACUGACCAAAGCGUUUGAUUUCUUUUAAUAAGCUUUUAAUGCAUGUAUAAUCAAAGCAUUCGUUCGUACAUGUAUAGAUGUUUGUAAGAAAGAACAUAUCUGUUCAUCCAUCCCAAAUGGCUUUGAUGUUUGAAAGGGAAAGUGAUUGACAAUUCCAAGGUAAUAUUCGCGGGGACAAGUCUGUAGGAAAUUGCAGCUUGCAAAAUACUGGUAUAGUUCAGAUCAAGCAGACACUUUAAACUGUGUCCGGGCAUCUCGGGCCCCAAUGAAGCAAACAAAGUUACGGAAGUAGAGAGUGACAAGUGCAGGAAGCCAAAGGAACAAAGAUAGCAAUGAUUACUAAAGUAUCCAAAGGCACCACACCAACAUGCAUUCAGAAUCAGUUUCAUCAGCACACCAUUCCAAACCCAACGACACCCAUCUCUGUCUGUCUCGUUUUCUCUCUCUCUAUCUCUCUGUGGAGAAUUUAUGUAUUGAUUAUAAUUUUAGAGUUAUAUUCUUGAAAGAUGGUGAUAUUUCAGUGUCCUUUCAACAUCUCUAUGCAUGACUACAAAACCUAACAGGAAAAAGUUAGGUAUUCCCAUAUGGUUUUACAGGGCCAUGAGCUGACAAUAUUAGAACUGGGAGUGUGCAAAAGAUGGCUCACUUUUUAUCCUCCUUUUACAGAGUGAACAGAAACAAUUUUAACAUAUUGAGAGAGCUCCCCUGGAACGAAGAGAGGGAGAGAGAAUUUUACACUGUCUUGAGCUAAAUUUUACUUUUGAGUCUCCCAAAGAAAUGUAGCUGUUGGCAGUAAAGUUGAAGGAUCGACACUUUUGCUUGUUUGUUUUAUAGUCAGGGAGGUCGGGGGACCAUCUUUUACUGUCAUUUUCUGCCAUAUUUACUUCGCCAAUUAGCUUUGUUCCUCUAAAGAACUAGCAGAAGUCUAUUUCUCUAGGUUUUCUGCCGCUCAGAUUUAGACCUGUCGCGAGCUAGCAGGCGAGAAAGAGAGAGAAUCGUCUUUCUUCUUUGACUUGUUAUUAACACAGCUUGGCAGAGCGAACUUGCUGCAGUACUUCAUAGCAAAUCUAUUAUAGCUUUUAAGCUUCCAGUUGAGGUUAACAUGACUUCACAAGACUCGCCUCCAAAUCCAGCUCUAAGUAGCGUGCACUCAUUCACUCUCUCAGACUCCAUUACCGAUCAAAACCAUUUCCACCAGCCCUUUGAUGCAUAUGGGUCUUCAUUAAGAGGCCGCGAUCACACACUCCCUCAUUCCUUUGGUGUAUUUCCCAGCAUCCAAUCUCUUGGGGAAAGAAUGUCUAGAUCAAUAGAUCUUGUUCAAGCUUCUACAGUUGGGGAGGAAUCUGAGAUCAGCCACACCCGACAUUUCAUGGAUCUUCUUGGAGCAGCAAAUGAGACCAAUCACCAAGCCCAGAGGCUGUCACUUUCUCUGGGCUCUCACGUGCUUGUUCCUUCUGUGCAAUACAGGCAGAGGUCCUUAAGUUCGGAUCUCCUAAGCCCCAGUUACUUAAUGUCUGGAGAAGAAUCACGGGAAGCCUGUAAUCCAGGAAUGGAACAUGUAAGCAACGGGUAUUCUUUCAUGGGCAGUGCAUUUGCUUCUUCUUCAACCUCACUAAAUCGAACUUGUCCAACUUCAUAUGGAACAGAAUCUUUUGCUGCUGUUAUUCGGAACUCAAUAUAUUUAAGACCAGCUCAGUCCCUUCUGAAUGAAAUUGUUGAUGUCAGUGGAAAAGCAAUUGACAUAAGCAAUGAAAAAUAUAUUUCGAAGUUGUCUCGUGGAGGUAGAUUAGGAGCUCUUGGACUUUCUUCUGAACUAAAAGCAGAAUUGUACAGUAAUGGACUCUUAUCAGCUGAGAAGCAAGAGCUUCAAGUUAAAAUUGCAAAGCUUAUCUCCCUUUUGGAGGAGGUUGAUAGCAGAUUCGAUGAGUACUAUAGCCAACUGGAAGAAGUUGUAUCAUCAUUUGAGUUGAUAGCAGGUGUAGGUGCUGCCAAGAAAUACACUGCACUAGCUCUGCAAGCCAUGUCUAAGCAUUUCUGCAGCUUGAGAGAUGCCAUAGUCUCUCAAAUUAACAUCACAAAGAGAAAAUUCUUGCAGGCGUUUCCCAGAAUUAGCAUGGGGUUAUCGCAGCUUAACUUGUUUGAUUCGGAAACUAGACAUACUCGAAUGUCCCUUCAACAGCUAGGAAUGAUCCAAAACCAACGGCAAGCAUGGAGACCCAUCAGAGGGUUGCCUGAGACUUCUGUGACAAUCCUGCGCUCUUGGCUUUUUGAACACUUUCUCCACCCGUAUCCAAAUGAUACGGAAAAGCUAAUGCUGGCAUCACAAACAGGCCUGACUAAGAGCCAAGUCUCAAAUUGGUUCAUAAAUGCUCGAGUUCGGUUGUGGAAACCCAUGAUUGAAGAAAUGUACAAAGAAGAGUUUGGGGACUCUGCAGAAGACUUGAACCCAUUAGCUAGCAAUUCCAUGAUGAGGGAAGAUUUCACAGAUCAUGCAGAGGAUUGAACUGAAAUGGUAGGAAAACCAGAUUAGGGUAGAAAUUAGUGCAAACUUCUGUAACUUUAGCACUAAAGUAGGUUCUUUUAUUUUAUUUUAUUUUUUUUGGCAUUUAUAGAUUAAUGACUUUCGGAUGUAGGUUGAACUAACCAGGCUCAGAAUUUCUUCUACUUUAACAACACUGAGAGGAGUUGUCUCUAAAGCCUGUUGCAGUUGUGCAAGUUGGCUGCUAAAACCAUUGUCAAACUCUGUCAUUGUCAGCAUGUUAGUGUUAAUUAGCAUUUGAAUAUGUUCUGGUUCUGUCCUUCUUAUGUCACUAACCCAAAUUGUUGGGGGGUGAAAUCUGUUUGUCAAACUGGCAAUUGUAGAUUUUUCUGCCAAACUUGAGUUAGUGCAGUAAUUAUGAUUAAAAAAACCAGCAAAAUUAUAAAGGUUUUUUUGCUCCCCA